CAGCCCCUAAAGGGAAUUGCUUAAAAGUGUGUCUUUUUCUUCAAACCUCAGAUGUUGUAAAAAGGCUGUUUCCUCUUCCUGUGCCAUACAACCUUUAAAGAGACGGGCAAUAGCUUAGAGCAACAGUAUAUCUUCUUUUGGAUCGGUUCUUUCAUUUCUCUCUCAAUCUCAGUCUCCUCUAAUAGUCAGCAGUCAUGCCAAGAGCUGGUACUUGGCCGUCCCUAUCUCUAUAUCUUUUCUUAGCUGUGUUUCUAGUAAGUGGUGUUUACUCAGUCAAACAUGGUGACAUACGAUUGGCUGGUUACGGAUCCAACUCUAUCUCCGGCCGACUGGAAGUGUAUUAUAACGAUAAAUGGGGCGGAGUUUGUGGCGGAAUUAAAUUCAAUAUUUUAACUGGUACAGUAGCUUGUCGACAACUUGGACUAGGACCCUCCACCGAUAUUGUGUAUUACAGGUUUGGUGUUGGUUCUGAUGUUAGUGUCAUUAGUGAUGUGAUAUGUACUGGGUCAGAGUAUCACUUAUUGCAGUGUCAGCAUUCUUUAACGACCUGUCAACCACAUCAGGUGGUGGGGCUCGUCUGCUCUCGUUUUGUCCUACCGUACUCUGGAUCUGUUCGAUUGUACAACUCUCACUCGAGCAAUAGUGCUGAGUCAUCAUCCAGCGGUCAGUUACAGUUAUACAUGAAUGAGAGCUGGAGGCCGGUCAGUGGGUGUGGCUUCAAUGAAGGAGCAGCUGAUACUGCUUGUAGGCAGAUUGGAUACACAUCAUACGAAAACUUUAACAAAAUCCCUUUAUCCACUGGUUCAAAGUCCUGGAACAUCUCAUCUUCUUGUGAUGGUCAUGAUGUUUGUUUGAGUGGCUGCAGCAACAUCACUAAUGACACAGAACACUGUGACACUCAUAACAGUGUUAAUUUGAGUUGUGUGUUUAAUUCCAGUCUUGCUGGUGGAGUGUAUACUGGCAACCAGUCAUCAUGUGGUCUAGUAACUGACUAUACAGGAUCAGUUAGGAUACAAUCUAACAAUGAUAAUAAUAACAAUGGGCUUGAAGGAAUUCCUCAGGUGUAUGUCAAUGGCAGUUGGUAUGGUUUGUGUUCUCAUGAGUCAUUCAACCUCACUUCUGCUGAUGUGCUCUGCAAGCAACUCUCAUACAAUAUGGCAGUUAGGACUGAUGUUAUCAGCAGGCCCAACAGUGCCCCUGGGUUGAUCCUAUCCUGUACUGGACUGGAGUAUUCAGUUUCAAAGUGUCCAGUACUUCAUGGAGCUCAAUGUACUCAAUUCAGGAGUAUCAAAUGUUCCAAUGAAUAUCCAUUGUAUGGUUCGUUAAGGUUGAACAGUUCUGCUGGUUCCUAUGGAUCACUUCAUGUCUUUGAUGGUUUCCUGUUUCACCCGGUCUGUGAUCAUGGGUUUGGCUGGACUGAACUAACAGUAGCUUGUAGACAGUUGGGAUACUCUGGAGCUAUUCAAACAAUCAACAACUCAAUGAGUGGUAUAACGGUACACCCUAAUUCCUCGUUACCCUAUUCCUUCUCUUGUUCUGGAGCUGAGGCUCAUCUCAUGUCCUGCUCUAGACACACCCACUCAGUCUGCCGCUAUCCUUACGACACUGUUGGAGUUCAGUGCAGUUCCUAUGGUCCUACUGACCCAUCAUUAGGAGCUAUUAAUUCCAGUUCAGGACGAUUGACUGUUGUAGUGGGCGGAGUCAGAGGAACAGUGUGUGGGCGGUCCUUUAAUCAGUUAUCGGGUCAUGUGGCCUGUAGGCAGAUGGGAUUUGAAACUAUUAGCAGCUACAGACUAGCAAAUUCCAGUUCCUCUUAUGAGUUUCCUAUUGCUUUAACGUCAGUUUCCUGUUCUGGUUUUGAGUCAGACAUAUUAUCCUGUCCUCACACAGUGACUGGUAGUGGUUCCUGUACCCAUCAUGAUGAUGUAGUCUUGUCCUGCAGUAAGGAGAGGCCCCAUGCUGAUGGGCUGGUUAGAUUGAUGCCGUCAGAACCUGAGGCCAGCAGCAGCAACAGCAGUAGUUCAUUAGUAGCCUCUGGUAGGUUACUGAUCAGUUUUCACGGUCUCUGGAUGUCAGUUUGUGGCAAGUUCUUCAGUGGAACAGCUGCUGAUGUCGCCUGCAAACAACUCAACUAUACCAGAGCUAUAACAUACUGCACCAAUAACUGUACUGAUGCUCCACCCACUGAUGAGUAUGUAUAUUUCGCUGAGACCCAGUGCACGGGGAGGGAGGAUCGACUCUUGGACUGUGAGCAUGAGAUUCAUAAUCAUGAGCUGUGUGGACAUGAGUUUGACGUGACUUUAUCUUGCAUAAAAGAAGUCACAUCAACAACAACAAGAACAUCAACAACAACACCAACCAACAGUGUAGCUCCUACAGUAGUUGGAGUCAAUCCUUCUCCCUCACCCUUCUUCCUCCCUAUCCCCAGGCUCUUGUUCUACUCUAUUGUCGGGGCAGUGUCUUUGCUAGCCCUCACCUGCUGCAUGUGUCUCAUCAUUUGUUGCUGUGUCUGCUACCGUAAGAAGAAGAAGUCAGUUAGUACAUCAUGGGGUCCACACACUAAUGGGUCCAUUGGUACUAAUGGACAGUAUCACAUUUACGACUACCCUCACUUUAACGAGGCAGAGAGAAAUGGCAAGGACUGGGAGGCAAGCUAUGAGAGCUCUAAGAGUGGGGCUGGGUUCCCACUCGAGGAAGACCCUCCGAGAUAUGAUGAUUUAAAGUUUCAACGUUCCCUUGACAGUAUCGGAGAGAACCCAUAUCAGACUGACACAGGUUUAUACACAGCAGGUGGGAUUGCUGUGGGCAGUAAUGAGCUGAUACUGGACCCUGGACUAACCAACUCUUUGGAUCUUUAAUUCCUCUGUUUUUAAACUCUUUGAUUUUAUUAAGUGUAUCAUUAUACCAAAGACUCAGCAUUAAUCUAUUAUCAUUCUUUUAAUUCAUUUAAUUUAUAAAUAA